AUGGCGCUGUGGUCGCGCUUGAUUCUUCACUACUGGGCAACCGCCGUACAGCAAGACGCUGCGAAUCACGGUUCCGAAGGAGGAGCUUUCACCCCUAACCCGGUGGCAUAUCUCCAGACGGCAUACGAGCAGACGCUGAGAGCGACAUCGGACCCGAAUGACUGGCAAGGAACAACAACUGCGAGCGGGGCGCUACUGCAUUAUAAGACACUGGAUGGUAGCAAGCCAGUCCCCCAGGUGUAUGUGACCAACCUGGGUGACUGUCAAGUCAUGAUUCUGCGGCCGCGGCAUGAGAAGGUUGUCUACAAGACAAAGGAGCAGUGGCACUGGUUCGAUUGCCCUCGGCAACUUGGGACGAACAGCCCCGAUACACCGGAGAAGAAUGCUGUCAUGGAUGUGGUGGAGAUCCAAGAGGGCGACGUGGUUCUUGCCAUGUCCGACGGUGUCAUCGACAACCUCUGGGAGCACGAGAUCAUCGACAGCAUUCAGAACAGCAUACAACGCUGGGAAAAUGGAGAGGCCGGAGCGGACAGAGUGGAGGGCGACCGCACAGGCGGCGCGAACGGAGGCAUGAAGCUUGCUGCUGAGGAGCUGGUGGCUGCUGCAAAGAAGAUUGCGACCGACCCAUUCGCCGAAAGCCCCUUCAUGGAGCACGCGAUCGAGGAGGGCCUGCCAACCGAAGGAGGCAAACUAGACGACAUCAGCGUCGUCGCCGCGCUGGUCAGGAGACACGAAGCAUGA